AUGAAAAUUCUUAUCAUAAAUGGUUAUGGAAAGAGUUACAAAGGAAUGAAAAACUUUGAGCAAUACAAAUUGAUAAUCAAAGAAGCUUUACUCAGUAAGAAGGAGAUGAUAGAUACUGAAAUUGAUUUCAUUAUACGAGACAGAGAUUCUAUUGACGAUUUGUUGUAUGAAAUUGAUAGCUCUUUUGUGAGAGUUGAAUGUGGGAAAAUGUUCGAUUCAAUAGAUAUUAUAUUUUUUGAAGGAGAUGCAAAUCUUAGACCUUGGUCUCCUAAUGCAUAUAAAGUAUUCAAUUCAAUAUGAAUUAGUAUUUAAUUUUGCUAAGGAUGUGUCUCAGAAGUAACAAGAUCCUCUUUGCCUCUUCAUUUGCCAUGUAAGGUCUGGUUUUCUUGAUAGCAUCAAAUGUUGAGUGUGUAUUAAUAAUGAUAUUUACUAGUAAAUAAGCGUUAUUAAUGGAUUAAAUGGAGGACAAUUGGGCGAUCUCUCGAAAAUCAAAAAGGACUUGACUGAUAUAAAACAGACAGAUUUCUUUCUUGACAAUGUAACAGGAGAUUUAUAUGGAUUCAAUUAUGAUACAGGGGAGUGGAUAAGCAAAGGAAAUGCUGGAAUUCAUUUUAGAAAAGCUGCUGAGGAAUUUAAAACAAUUGGUAAAUACAUAAUGAAAGCACCUCAAUACAAGGUUAAAGGAAUGAAAGAACUGGAUGCUCUUUAUGUGUCCAAGGAAAACGAAAUUGUUUGUUCUUUAAGAAAAAAUCAAAUGCAUCAUUUCUUAUUUAAUGAUGUACCAUUUGAAUUUGUUGUCCCUUAUAAGAAUUCUUGGGAUGUGCAUCCAUUCAACUUUGUGAAUCCAAAGAAGACAUUUUAAACAUUGGCUGAUUGCACUAAAGGUAUAUAGAAAGUUUCUAUUUAAAGGCCCUUUGAUCAUACAGAUAUCAGACAACAUUAUAGGGACACAAUUUGCUAUAAAAAGAAAAUACAAGGAUACAACUGUGGUCCUGAAGAAUUUCAUGGGAUAUCAAUUGACUAAAUUAUGUUCAGGAUAGGCUCACUCAAUACCAAUUGAAAUUGCAUCAAUUAAGCAAAAUGAUAAUGCUAUGGACAUAUUUCUGGAACAUAUGAGUAAAAAUAAAUAUUAAGCUCAUUAAAAAACAAUAAAAUUUAAUGUGAUUACAGAAUUUCAUCAUGCUGGUUAUGCUGCCAAGAAAUCGAAUAAAUUAGAUGUCGUUGUAAAUAAUGCUAUUGGUAAGGGAAGAUUCAAAUAGUAAAUGUAAAAAUUGCCAACCAAAGAGUUAGAUAAAAUGUUAUCAGUAUAACUAUUAUUCUAUUUAGAAUGAUAAUUCUUAUAGAUAAACUGCUAGAACUUCGAACAAUUAAUCUCGAAAAUUUGUUUCAUUUGCUAAUUCUCAAAAUGGCUUAAAUUCCCCUUUAAAAGGUUAAACAUUAACUUAAUUUGAUGAUCCAAUUGAAUAAAAACCCUAAUUCCAUAAAACUUCUGGGGAGAUUAUGAAGUUACUUCACCCAUCAAUCGACGAUUCCUUAGUUGAAUCAAAUAACAAACAAAUAUGGGUGCCUGGCUUCUUGUCUCAAAAUAGGGGAAUUAAGUUGUCAAAUCACAGUUAAAAAGAGUCUUGGAAUAAAAAGUUAGCUUUUAGAAAAAUCUACUAAAAUCCAAUGCAAAUCGAGACAUAAUUUGAUAAUGUAUACAAAACACAGAAGUAACUUGAAUUGGAAGAGGAGAGAGAGAGAAGCAAAAAAAUCAUCGGACCUAAACAAUUUCGUUGUGGCACUCCUGCAUAAUCUAAUUUGAUUACAUAAUACAUCAGUAGAAAUUAAUCAGUACCACAACAUCAAUUUAGGAUCACAGAAAAAGAAAAAUGGAUUUCUCCUCAAGAUUUUAAAGUUUGA